AUGAAUGAAGAAAUAAAAACAAUAGUGUUCAAGAAUUACAUAAGUGGAUAAGUAGUUACUUUAUAAGCAAAACAAGAAACGAAAGUUGGAGAAUUAUUAGAAUUAAUUGAAUAAGUUGCAAAACAUGAGUAAAAAAAUUCGUAAUUCUAGCAAUAAGUCAUCAGGUGAUAUUAAUGAAAUUCAUUUGUAUUUAAAAGCUUAGGAUAAAAUUCUUUAAUUAACUGACUCAGUUGGUUCUAUUUUAAAGGGAAUAACUUUUGGUGAAAUUGAAAUUAGAUAGCGCUUUUCAUAAACAUACUCCGAACUUUAACCAGUUACUAUCUUAAUUUUACUUUAAAGUUAUUUAGGCGAUUUUAUUAGAAAACUAGAAUUAAAACUUAGUAGGUUCGAUAAAUUAAGUUUAAUAGAGGAUAUUAUUUUAAGAUAAUUAAAUAAAGAUAGGUAUAUUAAAUAUUUCACAUAGGGAAGCAUAUAAAAUUUCAUUUUUAGUUAAAGGAAAUUUAUGUCAAUCUAGGCAGUCAUUAGCUGAUUUAGAUCUUAUGAAUAAUGAUGAGAUUCUAGUUAUAGUUCCUAUUAUAUUAAAAAUACAUUAACAAGAAGUAGGAGAAAUCGCAAAUUUUCAAAAAUAUUUCUGCCCCUAUGAUUCCUUAGAAGAUGUAUAUAACUAUAUUUUAGAAUAUUAAUCUCUGUUGAAGUAGAAAAAAAAAUUAUUAAUAGAGAAUAAGUUAGCCUAGAAUUAAUAAUUAAGAAUAAAACUUAUAACUCAAGUUAAUGGAAACGGACUUUAUCUGAGUUAAAACUAGUUGAUUAUGAUAUAAUAAGUGUAAAAUAUAGAUUUUCAGGCGGAUUUUAAAGAAAAAAAAAUCAAAAUUGA